AUGCCAUCGGAGUUCUUCGACGUAUUGAAUUGCCAGGAAGCAAAGAAUGGCCAUAUGCAGCGGCUCGAGCAGUUUGAAGGAGCCUUCUUCAAGAUUGCCGAGUAUCUCGUCACAAGGGAGUCGAUCACUUUCGACGAGGUGAUGACACUGCUCUGCAAAGACGGCAUUAUAAGGGAGCUCAGUCACGGCAACAACGAUUAUAUCUCGGCUUUGUAUCUAGUUCUCAGUAUCGUGAGCUGGCAAACAAUGCUCUUUAAGCCCCGGCGCAUCGAUCAUAUGCAUUUCGAGAUUCAUGAUGAGCAAGGCGGCUACAGGGGCGACGCAUAUAUGUGUUUGAAGAUAGAGGUAGCCAGUUGUACGCGAAUGCCUCUCAGCGAGUUGCUAAUGGGCUUCGGGGUCCUCCUGCCGUCCAGAAACCUCUGUUUGAGUGACGAUGAGGCCAGCCGAGAAGCAUUCCAGCGAAAGGUCGAGGUCAACGCAAAGCGCUUCAAUGCACACUUUCUUACUUCCAUUGCUGGUGUUCGGUUGAAGUGGGUUGACACGCUGGCGUGCCACCUGGAGUAUAACCCUGCCACAAAAGAACUGUUUCUGUUUCGCUUUCCUUCAUUUAUCUUGUCUUGCCCUUCGCAUUCCUCGGGAGCAGGCAAAAGAACAGUCCUGCAGGCAUGUGCCACCACGAAUCGGUUUCAUUGUCAAUGGGCAACAGAAAGCGAGGUUGGCUGCUUGCUUAAUGAGAUCUUACUGUCAUAUCGCCUCUUGUUCGGACAAACGAAGAAGUCUCGCGCCUUGUUUCGAUCUCUCGAUCCCUUCAGCGAUGUUCCAAGGGCAGUGGCUGAUCCGCUUCUUCCGAUCCUCUGUGGGAAGCGGUCUUGUCACGGGUCAGUGCUCUUGGAGACUGCAGAAUACUACCUUCCCAGAGACUUUCCGGUUCUUCGGUAUCGGCUAUCGGUGCUGCAGGAUCAUCUGGCACGAGCCACGCCCCGUAAUGGGUCCAGCUCUGGCGUGAUAACAGAGAUUCGGCUCACUGGCUGA